GGAGGAAGGACGGGCUUCAAGAUGGCGGCGCCGGAGGAGCGGCUCCUGUCGGAGGGGGAAGGCGGCGCCCUGGGCUCGGCGCGGCUCUCCCCGCCCCCGGUCUCGGAGUCUCCCGAGGCUCUGGCGCCCUUGGAGCCGCCGCCUCAGAGCAACACGCUCAUGGGGCUGCCCAUCGUGGCGAUCGAGAGCAUCCUCGGCUUCCUGUCCUACGACGAGACGAGCCAGCUCCGCCUGGUUUGUAAGCGAAUGGACUUGGUUUGCCAGAGAAUGUUAAAUCAGGGAUUUCUGAAAGUGGAAAGAUACCACAGCUUGUGUCAAAAGCAAGUUAAAGCUCAGCUUCCGAGACGGGAGUCAGAAAGAAGAAACCAUUCAUUAGCUCGUCAUGCAGACAUCCUUGCUGCUGUAGAAACGAGACUCUCUCUGUUAAAUAUGACUUUCAUGAAGUAUGUGGAUUCCAAUCUCUGUUGCUUCAUACCUGGAAAGGUAAUAGAUGAAAUUUAUCGUGUGCUAAGGUAUGUAAACUCUACAAGAGCUCCUCAGAGAGCUCAUGAAGUUCUUCAAGAACUAAGGGACAUUUCCUCCAUGGCUAUGGAAUAUUUUGAUGAGAAGAUUGUUCCAAUACUGAAAAGAAAGAUGCCUGGGUCAGAUGUAUCGGGACGUCUGAUAGGAACUGCCCCAGUUCCAGGGCCUUCUGCAGCACUGACAACAAUGCAGCUGUUCUCCAAGCAGAACCCUUCAAGACAGGAAGUUACCAAACUCCAGCAGCAAGUAAAAGCAAAUGGCACGGGCUUGACAGCGCUAAAGCGGGAAAUCUCAGAGCUUCGCAUCAAAGUGCAAGAGCAACAGAAACAACUCCAAGAUCAAGAUCAGAAACUGCUUGAGCAAACCCAAAUCAUAGGUGAACAGAAUGCCCGAUUGGCUGAGCUCGAACGGAAGCUGCGAGAGGUGAUGGAGAGUACAGUAGGAAAUUCCUCAGGUUCUGGCUCAAAUGAACAAUCUCCUAGAAAACGGAGGAAGGCGGUUGAAUCCACAGACUGUCCUAGGAAAUCUAAACGCCUUCGAAACAGAAAAUAAUUUGGGAGUAAAUGACACCUUUGGGAGGAAACACUGCUUUAGUAGCCCAAGCAAGUCUGCUUGUUUGGAUACUGUGACUAGCUUCAUGGUGUCACUUAGGCUGCUGGCUCUUCAAAACACCACUUAGACUUGAACAGUAAUUUUCUUUCAUUGAGACUUUUCCCCUGCUUUCUGUAUGGGUGGGCCUAAUGCACAGAAUCUUUAAGAUUUGCAAUAGUUACAUACUAACCAGACCUGCUCUGUUAUGUUUUGAAGGGUUAAUCUUUUUUUCUGUGCAGAUGUGUUUAAAGUAAACUUAUUUGUGUUUAUGCAUAUGUUCACAUAAAAUCUUAAAUAAACUCAGUCUUAACUGACUAAAAAGUUAAGCGUAAAAACAGAUGUCCUAUUCACUUGAAGGAAAGAUCCACUUUUAAAAUCUUGUUUUAGAGAACGUGAUCUUUUUUGUUACAAGUGACCUUGUCUGGAAUGUCUGAAAAGUAGUUAAUACUUUUUGGGGAUCUCUGUAAUGAGUAAAACUGACUUCUUAAACUACAGUAUUGGCUAUAUAUUUUUGUAAACUUAGGAGGAAGGGCCUUCUCUCCAGUCUUCACGUGCACACCCCCUGGUUCUAGGUGUUGGGAGCCGUAUUCCACAUUUGCAUGGAUAGAUGCAUGUACAGCUUAGCCAGCCUGCUAAAAGCACUUGCCUGAAAUCGUUCUUAACUCUGGGAGAGAGCACAGAGACCUGUAAAGCAAUUUGUUCCUCAGCCAUAACGUCGCAUCGGCUUUCAGCACAACUGCUUUCUUAUGAUGAGGUGGUCUUACAAAGGUAGUUGCAGGAGAGUGUGAGCCCGGGCUAUCUGCCACUUUCACUGUCUGUGAAUUUCAGGUAUCGUUAGCUGAAGCUGGAGAAUUGAGAAGCUGCCUAUGCAUUGCUUGAUUCGUAGGCUGACAUCUAAUAAGUAUCAGAGAAAUUGUCCCUACAGUAACCAAGCUCAGGGGGACAUCAUUUGAAUGAAAUGCUGUAUUAUGGAAAAACUUAAACUAUUUUGUGUCUAUGUGUUGGGGGUGGGGUGGGAUGGAAAUUUCUCUGUAACACUGAUGACUAAGCUUUCCUUACCCUAAAAGGUAAAUCACUUCAGACAAAGCUUUAAUUUCUUUUGCACUUCUGUUUUGAGCUUGUAACUGGAAAAGCAUGUCUUGCACUGUUCAGUCUCUCUGGUCACUUUAACAACCUCAGAGUUGUGUACAGUGAUUUUUUUUUUUUUUUUUUUUGCCCCCAUCUGUAUAUUUUUGGAACCUUAUACAAAUACCAUUGUCCUUGGUUUUGUUUUGAUGUACUAAACUAUGUAGCUUUAUCAUUUGACUUACGUUUUCUUUUUUUAAUCAGCUGCAGCUCUGGGUUUAGGCAGUGCUAAAUUCAAUUUGGUAUGGCACUGAAAAUGCAAAUGAUGCAUCCGUAGCUGUUCAAAAUCUUGAUAUUAUUACCAAGGGUUAAAGUGCAAGUUUCUCUUACGUUUUGUGUGGCUGUCAGUAUAACGCAGUGGUUGUGUUUACAUCACUAAACAAAUCAGAAACUGUCUGGUCAAAUGUUAUAUAACUGUGGGAAAACUGACAUUUUUUCUGAAACUUCAGCUACAAUUUUUAUUUCUAAAAUAUAUUAGCUCAUACCAGAAGUAACAUUGCAAAUGCCUAAUUUUUGGCAGACAUUUAGUUUUCAAAUAAACUUGUUGGGUAGUUUGA